AAGAUGAAGACAACAAUCUUCAACAGACACCGCCGGAGCAAAAUCACGUGCAAAGCCAUUUUCUCCGCUCUCCGGGAUGUCGCCGGUGAUCGGAGCUGACGCGCCGCUGCUCCAGAGGAGAGACACGCCGGCGGAGAGAAGGCUGGUGAUAUGCCGGGCGGUGUUUAACGUGUCGACGAGCAUCAUCGGCGCCGGAAUCAUGUCCGUUCCGGCUACCCUGAAGGUGCUCGGCGUGAUUCCGGCGUUCGUUUUGACGGUGGUCGUGGCCGUGCUGGUGGAUGUUUCCGUUGAUUUCCUGCUCAGGUUCACGCACGCCGGCAGCGCGUCGACUUACGCCGGUCUGAUGAAGGAGAACUUCGGAAAGAUUGGCUCUGUGGCUCUGCAAAUUUGUAUUAUGAUUACUAAUCUUGGUUGCUUAAUUAUGUACCUCAUUAUCAUCGGGGAUGUUCUAUGUGGAAAUGGUACAGAACACAUGGGCAUUUUGCAAGAAUGGUUUGGCAUUCACUGGUGGAACUCGCGAUCUUUCUCCAUCUUUUUGGUCGUCAUCUUCGUCAUGCUUCCUCUGGUUUUGUACCGCCGCGUAGAGUCAUUGUGGUGGAGUUCCGCUAUAGCAGUGCUCCUAGCAGUUGUGUUUGUCGGAAUAUGUAUAGCGAUGGCGAUCUACGCCCUCAUUAAUGGCGAAACCGAGACGCCAAGAAUGCUCCCAGAACUGGAUGGCAGCGCUUCCUUCUUCCAGCUUUUCACAGCUGUUCCUGUCAUUGUUACAGCCUUCACAUUUCACUUCAAUGUUCAUCCUAUUGGAAUUGAGAUAGGGAAACCUUCUGUCAUGGCUUCUGCUGUCAAGAUCUCACUAGUACUCUGUGCUGGCCUGUAUUUCAUGAUUGGGAUCUUCGGGUACCUUCUGUUUGGAGAAUCAAUCAAUGCAGACAUCCUCGUUAACUUCGACCAGACAUCCUCAGGUUCCGCGAUCAGUUCACUGCUGAACGAUGUUGUCCGGUUGAGCUACGCGCUGCAUCUGGUGCUGGUGUUUCCAUUGCUGAACUUCUCGUUGAGGGCCAACAUUGAUGAACUCUUGUUCUCCAAGAAGCCUCCUUUGGCCAAAGACACAACCAGAUUCGUGUGGCUUUCGCUGUUCUUGUUAGCCGUUUCUUAUGUUGCUGCUAUGCUUAUUCCUAGUAUCUGGUACAUUUUCCAGUUCAUGGGAUCAACCGCUGCGGUCUGUCUCGCCUUCAUCUUCCCCGGCGCCAUUGCUAUAAGAGACAUCCAUGGAAUAUCUACUAGGAAGGACAAGAUUAUAGCGGCAAUCAUGAUCGUUCAAGCGAUCAUAACUAGCUGUAUAGCUAUUUACUCCAAUGUAUACAACUUCAUUAUUAGUGGAACCAGUUCGUAGUUUCAUUGUUUAUCCAAGAAAUGAAUUUGCAUUCAUACAUGGUUCUAUACUUGUAUGUAUUUGUGUUGUACGAGUUAUUGUUUGGGUAGUUGCAAGAUUUUUUGGAAAGUCUUGGACUAUGAAACUUUGUUGUAAAAUGGCCCUAUUAGCUUAGCCUUUUGAUUUUUUAUAGAUAAGAUAUUCAAAAUGUUGUGAGUUAAA